UCAGCUGAAAGGGACGUGUCCCACUUCCACCCGGGCUGCGGUCUGUGUCCGCCCGUGUCUUUUACCGUCUGGACCCGUAAUGCAGCACGAUUAUGGACACAGUGAUACUAAAACACAUUCUGAGCAGUCAGGGAGCUGUGGACCUAGAAGAACUGGAGUGUAAUAUUGGCGAUGUCGCGGAAAUAAUUGAGUCCAAUGAUAAACUCGUGGUGUGUUCGGUCAGCGGGACUCGGAAGGUUGUCGCCCGGAGCAGAGUGAGGCUGUGCCGGGAUGAAGCGUGUCCGGGCUGCGGGGGACUGCACCUGUGCAGACUCCUGUUCUUAUCCGGAGUGUGUCCAUUUCUACAGACAAGGGGCUGCGCUUUCUGCCAUGAUCUACGCUCUGAAUACAACAUGGAGGUCCGCAGGGAGUUUGGUCUGGAGGAAAUGAGCAGGGCUGAGCUGUGUCUCCUGCUGCUACAGAGCAACAACACACUGCUGCCUCAGAUCUGCCACGACUACAACAAUCGCUCUGGUUGCCAAGGCGCCUGUCAGUAUCUGCACGUCUGCGAGCGUUACCUGCACCGCGACUGCAGCUGCUUCAGAACGCACGACUUCUUUGCUCCACAACCGCUCCAACUACUGCAGAAAAAACACAUCCCCGACCAUCUCAUCAAGGUUUUAAAGUCCGUGUACGCGAACAAGGAGGCGCUGCGGCUCGCUGACAAAGAAAACGGGAAAAGUAACUCAAGUUUCGACAUUAGCCAAGAAAAUGAGUUUGAUAAAAGCGACCAAGACCUCACUGAAGACACGCCUGUGGAUGUGGCAGCGUACGACUCGGAUGCGAGCAGCACGAUUAGCACGAAACAAGAUGAAAGUAAUCUUCAAGUCGCCGAAAGGAGGAGGACAAGAGGAGGGAAACGCAGAAGACGCCAUGGACAAACGAAAAAGACAUCUGCUGCUGCUGAAGAGCUCAAAAAUACAGGGAGCGCUCGAGACCCCAAAGCUAUUGCAGAAAAGUGUGAAGGCUACUCAGACUCGAGCAGCAGUUUAAGGAUCGCCCACAGUAAAGAUGGAGGUGGCGUUGGUGUUGGUUGGACACGAGAUGCCAUCUGCAUGUUCUUCAUCAGAGGACAGUGUAAACACGGAGACAGUUGUGUCAAAGCUCAUGACAUGAUGCCGUACAGAUGGCAGAUUAAACAGGGCGCCUUUUGGAUUCCUAUGCAUGAAAAUGAGACGAUUGAGAGAGAAUAUUGUGACCCCCAAAACACAUUCAGCACCACUUGCCUUUCUGUGCAUUUUGAUCGAAUGAAGAGCGGACAAAACAAAGUAAGACGAUUAUCAACUGUCAGCUCCGUAGUGAAACCGAACUAUAGCUACACCACUCACUGGCUCUGGUACUGGCAGGACGAAAACGGGAAGUGGUACCAGUAUUCUCCAAACGAGCGUGAGUUAAUCGGCAUCACCAGUAAAUACCUCGAAGACGAGUAUUUGAAAAACAACAAGGAAGUGGUGAGGUUUGUUGCAGAUUCGCAGUUGCAUGAACUCAGUUUCCAAGAUAUGACUGAAAGAAACGUGAUCCUCGAUACAAAGAGGGCGGUGAGAAGGCGACCGCGGUUUGUCUCUGCAGCUGAAGUAAAGAAACACAGGAAAAGUACCACAAACAUCACUGCUGCAUCCGAGUACGUGGAUAAAAUGCAGAUCAGUCAAAAGGGACCUACGAAUAUCUUGCCAUCUGCCGCUCAACUCGCCACCGCAGCGUCUACAGCCAAUGAACUUCUUAAAUAUUCUAUAGUUCCACCGUUUUAUCUGGCAACCCCACGAGUUUCCUUCACCGCAACAUCUGAAACAACAUCUGGACUCGCAGCAAAAUCAGUUACUACAGUUUUAUCAACGAACGUCACACAGAGAACAAACGUACAGGUAACGCCGCCCCUGAUGACGGCUACGAGUACAGGGUCUUCUACGACUAAUUCUAGAAAUACAUGCUCAACGACGUUAACAUCCCCGGUUUCACAGUCCACGUUUGUCCCUGCGACUUUAACGAAUGUGUUUUCAACCACCGCAUCGACGCCCGGUUUCAAAUCAUCCGAGAAAGUUACAACUGAUUUGUCAAGGCCACCAAUGCCGACCACCACAUCCGACGCGAAAUCCCAAAAAGCGCUCGGUAUUUCACAAGCGUCUGCGUUAUUUAUGGACGCUAAGCCAGCAACGUCCGGAACCAAUACGCCAAGUGCGGUUUCAGCUUCCUCGCAGAUUUCAAAUCAGUUUUCAUCAGCUGAAAAAUCAAAAGUGACAACAUCUACAACUGCACAGUCACAUUUUAAAUCUUCAGCUGCGUCGACAUCCGGGUUGAAGUCAUCUAAUCAGUUUUCAGCCGAUUCAGAAUACUUAAAAUUUGCGACCACAACAAUUAGCUCUUCAACAACAACUGGAUCGAAAUCAGCAAAUCUGUUUUCAGUAGAUUUCAAGCCAUCAAAAUCACUCUCCACGAAUUCACAAACUACAUUUUCAACAUCUGGAACAGGUUCACCAAACGCCUCUACUUCAGCAAAACUCACAAACUCAGCAGAUCCUUUUUCAACAAAUUUCGAUUCAGAAUUUGCGACCACAACAACGAGCUCUUCAACAUCUGGACUGAAAUCAGCAAAGCAGUUUCCAGUAGAUUUCAAGCCAUCAAAAUCACUCGCCACGAAUUCACAAACUACAUUUUCAACAUCUGGAACAGGUUCACCAAACACCUCUACUUCAACAAAACUCACAAACUCGUCAAAUCCUUUUUCACCAGCUUCAUCUGUAGACAGAACGCUAAUGACGGCUACAGCAUCUGCAACUCCAAAAUCACCAACAAGUCCCUCUACAACGCUAAAAACACCAGGAUUAAGAUCGUCAAAUCAAUUUUCAACUGAUUUAACAGCAUCAAAAUUUGGGGUGAAAGCCACAACAUCUGGAACAAACUCGCCAAACGCUUUUUCAGUAUCAGCAAAACCUCAACUGGAAUCCAAAACGGCGUCUGCCUUUUCACACUCAGCGACGACGUCUCCGACCCGACCUGCGUCUGUAACGAGAUCAUGGACCACGCCCGAUGCCACGUCCGCACCAAAACCGCAGUCCCGCCGCAGUUCAGUGAAUCCAAACAGCCCGAGUCCAGCUACGUCCAGAUCCCAAAGCAGAUCAACAACAUUUGUAAAACCAGAAUUUGAAGUGGACACAGCGUUCACAAGCGCUACAGCCUUUGACUCGACUAAAACCCCGGUAAAUCCACGCCCAACAGCCACAAAAAAAAAAAAAACUUGCAUUAUUUCAUGAUUAAAGAAACCGCCAUAGAGUUUUUGGGCUGGUGAUAGAUUAUGAAAACUUUGGACAUGGCGAAAAAGUCAUUUAUGUUAUAAUUUGGUGUUUUGGUUCUCAAGUUUAUGAUCCAGGCAGAAAGCAGAACGAGCCUCACAUGAGUCUCUUUUGUGUUGCCAGUUUCGACGCUGAAAUCCAGUCGGUCUAACUCUAAAGGGACUCUCUCUGAUCUGAAUCGUCGCUCUCUAAACCUCAGCACCUGCAGCCAAUCAGGCGUCAGUGCUAGUGGAGUAUAAAUGAAGAGGGAGAAUGAAUAAAUGGGAGAAUGGUUUGAUUGAUAUGAUGGAUUUUAAUCAUUGAACCUGCAGAUGGAAACAAGCUUUAGCUAAAUCUGGCGUAAAGCAUCUCUUCUUUUAUGAGAUUAAUGUGUUUGUACGUGCCCGCUGUUAAAAUAAACCAAUAAACUCAAACAAACUAGUGCUAAAAAACUAAAAUCAAUUCUGUCAACUGGGCCAAAAGUUUGAGUGUUUGAGCAAAACCAAAGAGCCAAUCUUGAGCCCCGACCCUAAAACCACUUAAAAUAUUGAAGUUAACGCUCCUUCUUGCUCACACCACUUGUUUGGCGGGGAGCGGGCGCUUAGCAACGCUGUCAAUCAAACCUGUUGCUAACGCUAGCGGGAAACCUCUGGGAAAGAAGGCGCCUGAUUUCUUUCUCAUUAACGUGUCAUAUCUUGAGUUACGGACACAAAAGCAAAAUAAAAACCCCAGGAUCUCGUCGAGAGGGUUAAUACGAACAUUUAAGACCAAAACGACGAGUCUGACAGCAGCAGGUACAGAGAGAGGAGCGACGGUUUUCUAACGUAAAGCGAUUCACUGGAGCCGGAGUUAAUAGAGUUCCCGCGCAGCCGUGAUCACUUCCUGUUUGGAACGUGACGGCUCGCAGGUUAGCUACGUCCGUUUAUAUAAACCGUCUAUGCCAGGGCUGUCAGAGAUCCGUCCCGCCUGGAGAUUUGAUACAACCCUCGGCUUUGAAAUUUUGCUGUGACGCGGCGUUAGCUUAGUAGCGUGUCCAGCGCCUUUGUAGCCGCCUUCGACCAGAGCGGCACAAAUGAAGACUCGGCUUUUGUGAACGCAGUUAAAGGGCUCUUCUGUGAUCGACCGUAACAACCUCAUCAGCAAAAUGUCUGUCAAAAAAGAGAAAAAGUGGUGAUUUUUCAAGAAUAACGGGCUAAUUCCUUUUGGGGAAACUGCAGUGCUGAAGAAGUAUAAUCUUAAACGCCACUUGAACAGAAAAUCGAGAAGACGGAAGAUAAACGAGUUGUUGCUGAGCCUGAAGACGCGGCAGUAUGUAAGAAUUUGGACGGUCAAUGGAAACGCAAAGUGGAGGUGUUUGGAGCGUUUUUCGUUUGCCUUUUCUGCGCUGCACAGAGGAGGUGUGGACACGUGUGCAGAAUGGAGUUGAUAUCAUUUUAAUCUCAACAUACACAAAAAAAAUAAAGUGUUUUUUGCACAAUCCCUGUGAUCAGCUGUACUGCACACACAUGAAUGUUAAAACUGAGACAUUGUGUUGAAAUUGCACCGAAGUCUCAGGUUGUUCAUGAUGUAUUUUGUAAAAGAACAGUCUUGAAAUGAACAGAUUUUGUAUUACACCUGUUUUUGUGCACAAAAAUUUGGAUUUAUUGCUAUUUUCAGGUGUUUAUGUUGUGAGUUUUCUUGUCCCCUUGAGAUCAAAUUAGGUCGUGUGCGUCCCUGGACCAAACAGAACAGUGUAUCUGCAUAUGUAACCCAGGUUAACAUAGCGAUUUUCAAAGUAAAAGCUUUGUGAUAAAAACAGAAAUAAAUGCUUUUGAUAAAAAGUCAAUAAAUAUGUGAUAUGGUUACAAUGAAUUUAAAAAGUGUAAAAUAUUUUAUUUCAUGCAGACGUAUGUUAAAAGGUUAAAGAAAUGUGAAUUAAUUUGUCUUUAGACUUUUAUUUUGAAAUUCACGUAGCGCGUGAACCACGUGACGAGCAGGAACCAACCGGAUUGUUUUGGGUUUUUCCUGUGUUCGAUGAGGGAUUUUUACCCCCGCUGAUAAAAUACAGAUGUACUGAUUAUAAUAAAUGAUUUAACUGUAAUAAAAAAAUAAAUAAAUAAAAAACAUA